UGGAGCAGCUGGCAAUGCCAGACGCCUGCCUGGGGGCGGACCGAGCGGCCAGCUGCCUCACUGGAGUCCGCAGCACCGGGUCCCUGGCCCUCGGCGGCUCUCCGCGGGGCAGCUGCCUCCUGCUCCUCUGGCCAUGCGGUGGCUGUGGCCGCUGGCCGUCGCUCUCACUGUGGUGUCGGCCACGGGUGGUCACCGAACCAGAGUCCCGGAGCAGGCAGGCCGGCCCAGGAGAGGCACCGAGGAUGAGGAGGCCAAGGGGGUGCAGCAGUACGUGCCCGAGGAGUGGGUUGAGUUCCCCCGGCCCAUCCGCCCUGCUGGCCUGCAGCCCACCGGGCCCUCGGUGGCCACCAGCCGCGCCCCAGGCGGGGAUGGGGACGCCCCAGGUGGCGGGCCGGAGCCAUGGGGCCGUGUGACGGGGGCGCCAGGCCAGAGGCUGCAGAUGCAGAACCCCCUGUACCCGGUGACGGAAGGCUCCUAUGGCGCCUACGCAGUCCUGCUGCUGGCACUGCUGGUGUUCGCCGUGGGCAUCGUGGGCAACCUGGCCGUCAUGUGCGUCGUGUGGCACAGCUACUACCUGAAGAGCGCCUGGAAUGCCAUCCUGGCCAGCCUGGCCCUCUGGGACUUCCUGGUGCUCUUCUUCUGCCUGCCCAUCGUGGUCUUCGACGAGCUCACCAAGCAGAGGCUGCUGGGGGACGUCUCCUGCCGGGCGGUGCCCUUCCUGGAGGUCUGCUCUCUGGGCGUCACCACCUUCAGCCUCUGCGCCCUGGGCAUCGACCGCUUCCACGUGGCCACCAGCACGCUGCCCAAGCUGCGGCCCAUCGAGCGGUGCCAGUCCAUCCUGGCCAAGCUGGCCGUCAUCUGGGUGGGCUCCGUGACGCUGGCCGCGCCUGAGCUGCUGCUGUGGCAGCUGGUGCAGGAGCCGGGCCCCGCCGCGGGCACGGUGGACACGUGCGUCAUGAAGCCCUCGGCCAGCCUGCCCGAGUCCCUCUACUCGCUGGUGAUGACCUACCAGAACGCCCGCAUGUGGUGGUACUUCGGCUGCUACUUCUGCCUGCCCGUCCUCUUCACGGUCACCUGCCAGCUGGUGACGUGGCGCGUGCGGGGCCCGCCGGCGAGGAAGCCGGAGUGCCGGGCCGGCAAGCACGAGCCGUGUGAGCGCCAGCUGAACGGCACGGUGGUGGGCCUGACCGCCGUCUACGCCCUGUGCACGCUGCCCGAGAACAUCUGCAACGUGGUGCUGGCCUACCUGUCCCCCCAGCUGGCCCGCCACACCCUGGGCCUGCUGGGCCUGGUCGCCCAGUUCUCCGCCUUCUUCAAGGCCGCCGCCACCCCGGUGCUGCUGCUAUGUGUCUCCCGGCCGCUGGGCCAGGCCUUCCUGGACUGCUGCUGCUGCUGCUGCGCCGCCUGCUGCGAGGCCUGUGCCGGGCCCCCCGAGCCCGCAGCCGCCCCCGGCGCGGACAGCAAGCUCAAGACGGAGAUGUCCUCCUCCUCCAUCUACUUCCACCAGCCCAGGGAGUCGCCCCCGCUCCUGCCCCUGGGCACGCCCUGCUGAGGCCAGGCUCCAGGGGGCGCCAGGGGAGGGGCCAGAGGGCCUCCAGUCCCCAGGGGGCUGGCCUUUCUGCCCGUCCUGCCCGCCAGAGGAGGACUGGGUCCCUUGUACUGAGGUCUGGGCACGUCCAAGCCCCCUCCCCCAGUGGAGCCGUCCUGUCCUCAACACCGGAGAUGCUUGCAGGUCCUUAGCGCUGCCCUUCCGGAAACGCAGUCCCACAUGCUGGGGGCCAGGCAUGCGGCUCCUUCCUGUCUCACCCCUCUGCCUGCGAGCCCCACGCCCACCAGACGUGCCCCCUCUGAGUCUCCUCUGCCCACCUUCCCAUCCUGGAGCAGGGACCAGCCCCACUCGGCUCUUCUCUGCACCCGAUCCACCCCAGACUGGACCUUCCUCUGAGAACUGAUGGCGCCAUCAGUUCUUCCAGAAGCUUCUCUUUCCUUCCUCCUCCUCCUCCUUCGACACAUCCCAGGCCUCCCUGUCCCCAUGUCCCCUGUUCGAUACUCCCCCAUAGCAGCCUUCCACAGAAAACAAUAAACUAGGUAG